GCCUUUUUUUAUAACUAGGAAGUUUUGGAUGAGCUUCAGUUGCUUCAUUUCAUUCUUGGGUUUUACAACUACUGAAGACAUACGAAUUGAUUGAACUAAGGACAUACAUCGAAUAUCUUUCAAGAUGUCGCCAGCACUCUUCGAUAAAAGCAAAGACAUGACCAUGUCACCACUCUUCUUAAGUGCUUCGGCGUUGAUUGUUCUAGCCUACGUUAUAAAAGCCAUACUUUCUCGGCCCCAAAAGUUGGAUCUUCCAAUUGUGGGAAAACCAGGUGCUGAUUAUUGGCAAGAGGCAUUACUUGAAGGAACGGCCAAAUACCCUGACACUCCCUUCGUCCUCCCCAGCGAUCCUCCCAUGGUUGUCCUACCCCAUUGCACUCACGAAGAAGUCCGCAACCUCACCGAAGAAAAAGUAUCCUUCCAGAAAGAACUUCACCGCAUGUUUCUCACACCUCAUACCAAACUCGCCAAGGAUUUGCCUGUCGUCGUUAAAACUGUCAAAAGUGAUUUAACUCGCCAUUCUCCAUCAACUGUUAGUGCUCUCGAAGAUGAAACGACCUAUGCAUUAGAAACAGAAUUUGGCACGGACGAAUCUUGGAACAAAGUGGCUUUGUUUGAGAAAGUAGUAAGAAUCGUGGCAUUGGUUAGCGGGAGAGUCUUUGUGGGAAGACCUCUUAGCAGAAAUGAAGAGUGGAUUCAAGCUAGCACUCAAUAUACGGUCGAUUCUGCAAAAGCGAGGGAUGCUGCGGUUGAAUGGCCGGUAUGGGCAAGAUACUUUGUUCUACCAUUCCUACCAGACAUUAAGAAGGUAAAAACGCAUACGGCUAAGGCAGCAGAUUUGUUGAAGCCAGUUAUCAAUCAAUAUCUUCAGAGGGCUAGAGAGGGAAAGGGAAUUAGAGGGGAAUCGAGUAAUGGAGUUGAUGAUGCUCAGGGAACGUUUGUUGGCUGGAUCAUGAAGCACACAAGUCCGGAGCUUAGAGAGGAUCCUUACACCUUGGCCAUAAACCAGUUGAGUCUAUCGUUCGCUUCAAUUCAUACAACGACUAUGGCUCUUUGUCAUAUCUUGUUCGAUCUCGCUUCCCACCCGGAAUUUAUCGCACCUCUCCGCGAAGAAAUCGAACGUGUGAUCGCAGAAGAUGGGUUUGAAGUUGAUAGCAGCGGAAAGAAAUCUCUGAAGAAACAGUCAAUGGUAAAACUCAAGAAAUUGGAUAGUCUCAUGAAAGAAAGUCAGAGGUUGAGCCCCGUUGCCAUACUUACAAACACCCGCAUAACAACCAGUUCUCUUCACUUAUCUACCGGCCACACUAUCCCCAAAGGAACCCGCAUAGGAUACGAUGCCCAAGUACUCAACAUGGCGGGCCCCGAUCUCUCUUUGCUUUCCCAAGAUCCUUCCACUAUGCCCCAGCUCGAUCCUCCCAGUGUUUUCUCUCCUUUCCGCUUUGCUUCAAUCCGCGAGACUCCAGGAAAUGAAUCCAAAUAUCAAUUUGUGACAACGAGUAAGGAAGCUAUGAAUUUUGGUCAUGGUAACCACGCGUGCCCAGGUCGUUUCUUCGCAGGAAUUGAAAUGAAAAUAAUCCUGAUAGAGUUUUUGAGAGGGUGGGACUUCAGAAAUGUUGGGGAUACAGAGAUGAAGGGAGGAGGAAGACCAGAAAACUUCGGUUUUGAUAUUUCGAUCAGUCCAAAUCCGGUAGCGGAGAUCGAGAUCAAGAGAAGAGUUUAAAGGCCUAAAAGUUGGAGAGGAGUGAGGAGCAGGGGGAUGAAUAUCAGUGCGUGAGAAUGAGAUAGGUGCUAUUAAUUUGAUCACUAGUUCGGGUUUUGUUUUAUUUUCAUUUGUUAAAUAUUUACAAGUUGGUUUCACCAGUAAAAUUAGAUUGACAGCAAUAUAUAUUCUUUUAUCCA